GCCCUCACCGUCAAGCGUAUCGAUCUCAAGAAAAAGUUCAUAGGUGCACCCAAAGCCAAUCACGUCCGCCCGAUAUUCCUGUCUUUGGUGAACUCAUCAAGAGUUUGUACAAUUGUCGCUACGACAGGUUCUUCUCAGCCCUGACAAGCCUUCCGUGUCCCCCUCCCACCUCUCUCGCCUCCUCCCCUCUCGCUCGCACCAAACAAUGUGUGCAAAAUAUGUACAUUCUAGCAUAUAGUCAGAUCCUCAAGUCAUAUCAUAGCCUCGCCCCCGAUAGUUCGACCACUACCCUUGGUGUCACAUAGAACACAUUGACGACUCGUCGCCAAUGGCCUAGCGCAACAGAAAACGCAAACGGUAUCAUGGAGGCUGUGUGGCCAUCACUGAAGGGUGUACAGUGCGAGCAGCUAGUGAAGUACGGCAGCAUUCUGCUGAACAAGGUCCAGCGAUCCUGUAUUAGAUGAUCAUCGAUGUAAAUUAGCAAUGUAGUAGGUAAUAUCACGAUGACCAGUUCUGAUGUGCAU